CGGCGGGGGGGACGGACGAUUUGCGGUUGUUGUGGCUGCGCGGGAGGCGAGAAAGAGGAAAAAUUAUAAGAGCAGAAUAUAGGCGAUAAAAGAGCGACGAAGAGAGAGACAGAGAGAGGUGAGAAAGGCAUGCAGGAGUCAUCAUUCCUUCAGCUAGACUAAAAUAUACAUUUACUAUGGCAGCACCAGUGAAUACUCAGAACCCCAGUAAGACCUGGGAGCUCAGCCUGUAUGAACUGCACCGGACCCCACAGGUGAGUAAAACCACGCAGCUCAGCCUCUACGAACUACACAGGACCCCACAGGAGGCAAUUAUGGAUGGGACAGAGAUCGCUGUGUCACCCCGGAGCUUGCACAGUGAGCUGAUGUGCCCCAUCUGCCUGGAUAUGUUAAAGAACACCAUGACGACGAAGGAGUGCUUGCACCGCUUCUGCUCAGAUUGUAUUGUCACUGCGCUCCGCAGCGGGAACAAAGAGUGCCCGACAUGUCGAAAGAAACUGGUUUCUAAGCGAUCUCUCCGACCAGAUCCAAAUUUUGAUGCACUGAUCUGUAAGAUCUACCCAAGCAGGGAUGAAUAUGAGGCACAUCAAGAUCGUGUACUGGCACGAUUAAGCCGACUCCAUAACCAACAAGCCCUAAGCAGCAGUAUUGAGGAGGGAUUGAAAAUGCAGGCCAUGCAUAGAGCUCAGCGAGUGAGGAAGCCUCCUCAUGAAUCUGACAACACUACCUUCAGUGGAGGGGAGGACAACUGUGACAGCCGCUCUCAUGUCAGCAAUGUGUCAACGCACAGCAACCAGGAGGCUGGACCAAGCCGCAAGCGCUCCAAGGCUUCAGACGACUCCUGCCCUGACCUCGACAACUCACGAGAGGGGGCUGGUAGCCCAGAUGUCGUGGGGGACUCGUGCAGUGAAAUUGAGCUUGUCUUCAGACCACACCCAGUGUUGGUUGAGAAGGAUGAAUAUUCACAAACCAGGUAUGUGAAGACCACCGCAAAUGCCACCGUGGACCAUUUGUCCAAAUAUCUGGCGUUGAGAAUUGCCUUGGAGGAGCAACAGAAGAACAUUGGGAACAAUGCAGUCAGUCUGGAAGAAGUCAGUGAGAAGCAGUAUACAAUUUACAUCACUACCUCGGGAGGCCAGUUCACAACACUGAAUGGAUCGCUGACACUAGAAUUAGUAAAUGAGAAAUACUGGAAGGUCAGCAAGCCUCUUGAGCUUUAUUAUGCACCAACUAAGGAACAAAAGUAAAUAGAGGACAAAGACCAAGACAAAAUUGCUUGCUUAUUCUUUCCAUCUGUUCGCCACAAAAAGACUGCCACGGUUUUUUGGCUUUGAGGAGUGCAGAAGAGACCGUGUUGAAUCCUGGGAGAUAAGGGGCUGAAAUUGGUCCUUGAUGCAAGACUUCACAAGAGGCCCAUAUUUCAAUUUAGGUUGGGGUAUAGAAUAAAUCUGAACUGUUGUCAACCAUUGCUUUUGUGUACUCUAGUGCUCUUGUGCAAUUCGUGUUUGUGAGUUGGGCGUUGCGUUUUCACGUUUGACCUUCUUUCUGUUGUGAUCAAUUGACCCUCGUGAUGUAAGUAGGUGUUGCCAGAAGCCAGUUGGCAUUCUUGGUCCUUGUACCAGAGAGAAUUGACGUGCAUUUAAUAUCAUCCAGAAAGCUCAAUAGUUUGAAUGGCAUAUUGCCAUGUACUAGUCUGAGUAACUGAGAAGGGGGUAACAAAAGUCACCUGAAUAUCUGGAUAAAGUUAGUUGAUUAAUGUUUCAAAUAAUUUAUAUGUUAUGUUUUAAUGUUUGUCAUUUUACCUCCGGUCUUUUUCUCCUUCAUUUUGUUCCCAUAAUCCCAUUUAUGGGAAUAAAGUAUGAACUAAUGGGUUUGAAUGAAGUGCCUUAGCCGCUUGGCCUACAUGUUAGAUUUCCAUUGUUCACUUGUACCUACUUUUGUUUUCUUCUUCAAAUUUUAUUGAUUGGUAUUUGGGAAAGAAUGCUGUACAGUGAAGAAAGAAAUUUAAUGUACUAGGGAGCUGGGACAAAGUUUCCGAUGCGGUGAACUGAUUGAACUGCAGGAUUGUUUGCAGAAUUUGCCACUGUUGCCUAAAUUGAUGCAUACUUGCUUAGCCCUGUUAUGUCAUACUAGAAAAUUUAAUUAAGAGUGAGCUUUAUUGCCUAUCACUUUUAAUGUUGCCAUUAUGAACUAGCUAACUGUUGCACAAAUUUUGUAUUGUGAUGAGAGGAGGGACAAUUUUUAAAUCUGGAAAACAUCGGAUGAGUGUUGGUUUUUAAUAGGAAAAUACGUUUGAAGUAUUCAUUCUCUGCAAAUAUAUAUUUCAAUAUGUACUUUUACUCUUAAAACUACUGGCUUAGGGGAGCCAUCAAAGUAAUAGUCCAGGUCGAGACUUAAUCAGUAACUCUUGGACCAAUGGUAUAACAUUUGAACCUCGAGUCUAAGCUUGUACCCACCCUUGUUGCAUGGGAUACUGGUCAAACUGGGAUCCCUCUUCCAGCCCAUGACCAAUCAUAGGGCCAUUAUUGCUGCCUUGGCAAGUAUUUAAUAUGCUAAUGUACACAAAGAUCAAGACUGCUUUGUUACUGAAUAACCUUGAUCUCUGCUGAAAGUUUGACUAUUAUGUGCGUUUAGCGAUAUUAGAUUUGUACUGUUUUUUAAGCUAUGUAACAGUUUGGACUGUUGUAUAAUAUACCUAAAUGGAUUUGGAUAAAAUAUUGUGUACGUGCUCAGAAGAAAAGAAGAUAUACAACAUUGUGGAUUGAUUGAACUAAAGGCAAUGGAAGUUGGUGAAUGUGGACUUGGCAGUAGCAUUUUGAAAUGACAGCAUGUAGCUGAAUUCAGGACUUGGCUCCUGAUGCAAUAAGCAAGCAUCUGUUGGCGUAGGAGUCACCUGGAUCUCAUCUACACCCCAUUGUGGUUUGCACAAUACUCCUGAGCAGGUGCUGCACAAAUCAGUUUAAUAAAAGUUGGAAUUAAUAUCUUACUGUUGUAGAUCUGCUUACGAGAAGUAAACCUUCUUAUAGCAUUGUAUGUGUCAUCAUACCCUGUACUGUCCAGGAAUAAAAUAUA